AUGGAAAAAUCACUCAAACAAUUAAAAUGUAUUGAACGAAUAUCACGACAAACACGUCAUUAUCGAACACAUUUGAAUCAAGUAUGUAACGAUAAUUUACAUACACAAUUAAAUCUAUUAGAUGAUCAAUGUGAACGAAAUAUUGCACGUAGAACAUCAUCUCAACAAAUCGAAGAAGAACGUAAGAAAUUACUACGUCUUACUAUUGAACAAAUUACGAAAGAACAAGAACCAUCUUUAACAACGGAUGAAACACAAAUCAUUUCAAAAAAUAAUGAAAAUUCUUCACCAUCGUUCAUUAUUUUACCAUCUCGUAAAACGCCAUGUAAUCUAUUUUCACAUAAUUGUCAAUUUUAUCCAUGUCAACCAGUAUAUCAAUAUACAAGUUUUAUGACAAAAGAUCAUGAUCGAACAUUACAAAAACGAAGUUUGUCUGUAGAAAAUUCAACUAAUAAUUCUGAUGCAUCUUCUGUACAUGACUCAUUUAAACAAAAUCGUCGGCAAUUACCACCAUUAACUCGAAAUCAAUAUUAUGAACUUCAUCGACACAUGUCCAUACAACGAAAGAAAGUCGAACUUGACAAACAAAAUCUUCUAUUACGUGAACGAGUAACUGAUAGAAAAACUUUUGGUUACAUCAAAACACAACAACGUCAACUAUCACAAGCUAUCAAACAUCAUUUACAGAUUAGCGCGAAAUUUUGUGAGUAA